UCCCGCGGGUGGAGCCGUAGGCAGCGGGAGUAGCGCGCUGCUGCUCCUCUUGCACCUGAGAGCCGACGCCUCUGGUCUUCCAGGCUGCGCCCGCACGGUCCCUUCCGCCAUGAGCCGCUUCAAGGUGUCCAAAUUCCGGCACACAGAGGCCCGGCCGCCACGCCGCGAGGCCUGGAUCAAUGACAUUCGUGUGGGAACCACUUCCUCAUGUGGGAACCAUAUCAAAUCAAGCUGCAGUUUGAUAGCCUUCAAUUCUGAUCGUCCAGGUGUGUUGGGUAUCACACCUCUGGAAAGCCAUGGAGAGGACAAAAGACAUGUGGCCUACCUGGGCUGCCAUUCAGACCUGGUCACCGACUUGGACUUCUCUCCUUUUGAUGACUUUCUCCUGGCCACAGGCUCAGCAGACAGGACGGUGAAGCUUUGGCGGCUGCCCAGCCCUGGCCAGGCCCUGCCCUUGUUGCCUGGCAUUGUGCUGGGCCCCGAGGAGCUGCCAGUGGAAGUACUGCAGUUCCACCCCACUGUAGAUGGUGUUCUGGUGAGCGCAGCAGGCAGAGCUGUGAAGGUCUGGGAUGCAGCCAAGCAGCAGCCCCUGACAGAACUGGCAGCCCAUGGGGACCUGGUACAGAGUGCUGUCUGGAGCCGGAAUGGAGUCCUUGUGGCCACAGCAUGUAAGGACAAGCAGCUUCGGAUCUUUGACCCCAGGGCAAGGGCUGAGGCCUUUCAGAGCACACAGGCCCACGAGAACAGCAGAGACAGCCAGCUGGCAUGGACAGGCAUCCAGGAGCACCUAGUGUCAACUGGAUUCAACCAGAUGCGUGAGCGAGAAGUAAAGCUCUGGGAUACCCGGUUCUUCUCCAGUGCCCUGGCUUCCCUCACCCUGGACACGUCACCCAGGUCUCUGAUGCCCCUGCUGGAUCCAGAUUCUGGGCUCCUGGUCCUGGCAGGAAAGGGCGAGAGUCAGCUGUACUGCUAUGAGGUGACCCUGCAGCAGCCAGCACUGAGCCCAGUGACCCAGUGCGUGCUGGAGAGUGUGCUUCGGGGAGCAGCCCUCAUUCCCCGGCGGGCACUAACUGUCAUGGGCUGUGAGGUACUCCGUGUCCUGCAGCUGAGUGAUACAGCUAUCAUACCCAUCAGCCACCAUGUGCCCCGAAAGGCUGUGGAGUUCCAUGAGGACCUGUUUCCAGACACCGCUGGCUGUGUGCCUGCUUCUGAUGUCCACACCUGGUGGACUGGAAGCAACCAGCAGGUGCAGAAGAUCAGCCUCAAUCCCGCCCAUCGGCCCCAUCCCAGCUUCACUUCCUGUCUGGUUCCCCCCAUGGAGCCUUCCUCUGACAUGACCCAGCCUGUGGAGACACCUGGGACUGAUACAGACCCAAGUGAGGGCUUCUCCUCCCCUCCCAGCUCGCUGACCUCACCCUCCACGCCCUCCAGCCUGGGGCCCUCACUCUCCAGCACCAGCGGCAUUGGUACCAGCCCCAGCCAGAGGUCGCUGCAGAGCCUGCUGGGCCCCAGUUCCAAGUUCCGCCAUGCUCAAGGCACUGUACUGCACCGAGAUAGCCACAUCACCAACCUCAAAGGGCUCAACCUUACCACACCUGGGGAGUGCGACGGCUUCUGUGCUAACCGGCUGCGUGUGGCUGUGCCCCUACUCAGCAGCGGUGGGCAGGUGGCUGUGCUUGAGCUGCGGAAGCCUGGUCGCCUGCCCGACACAGCGCUGCCCACGCUGCAGAAUGGGGUGGCUACGACUGAUCUGGCUUGGGACCCUUUUGACCCCCACCGCCUUGCUGUGGCUGGGGAGGAUGCUCGGAUUCGACUUUGGCGGGUGCCCCCAGGGGGCCUAGAGGAUGUGCUGACUACACCUGAGACUGUGCUCACAGGCCACACAGAGAAAAUCUACUCUCUGCGCUUCCACCCACUGGCAGCUGAUGUGCUGGCUUCUUCUUCCUAUGACCUCACCAUUCGCAUCUGGGACCUCCAAGCAGGAGCCGAGCAGCUGAGGCUGCAGGGCCACCAGGAUCAGAUUUUUGGUCUGGCCUGGAGUCCCGAUGGGCAGCAACUGGCCACUGUGUGCAAGGAUGGGCAUGUGAGAGUCUAUGAGCCCCGGAGUGGCCCUGAGCCCUUGCAGGAAGGUCCAGGACCUGAAGGAGGCCGUGGUGCCCGCAUUGCCUGGGUGUGUGGUGGUCGCUGUCUGCUGGUAUCUGGCUUUGACAGCCGAAGUGAGCGCCAGCUGCUGCUGUAUGCAGCUGAUGCCCUGGCGAGUGGUGCCUCUGCAGUGCUGAGCCUUGACGUGGCUCCCUCCACUCUGCUGCCCAGCUAUGACCCUGACACCGGCCUGGUGCUCCUCACGGGCAAGGGCGACACCCGUGUGUUCCUGUAUGAGCUGCUCCCGGAGGCCCCUUUCUUCCUGGAGUGCAACAGCUUCACGUCAGCUGACCCACACAAGGGCUUUGUCCUCCUGCCCAAGACCGAGUGUGAUGUGAGGGAAGUGGAGUUUGCCCGAUGCCUGAGGCUGCGCCAAACCUCCCUGGAGCCUGUGGCUUUCCGGCUGCCCCGAGUCCGGAAAGAGUUCUUCCAGGAUGAUGUGUUCCCAAACACAGCCAUGAGCUGGGAGCCAGUGCUCAGUGCCAAGGCCUGGCUGGCAGGUGCUAAUGGGCAGCCUCGACUACUCAGCCUGCAGCCCCCAGGCAUGACCCCAGUGAGCCAAGCCCCCCGUGAAGCUCCUGCCCGGCGGGCGCCAUCCUCAGCACAAUACCUGGAAGAGAAGUCAGACCAGCAAAAGAAAGAAGAGCUGCUGAAUGCCAUGGUGGCAAAGCUGGGAAACCGCGAGGACCCACUACCCCAGGACUCUUUUGAAGGGGUGGACGAGGAUGAGUGGGACUAGCCUGCCCACCGGGUAUCCCUGGCCUCAGCUGCUGCUGUCACCUCCUAGAGGCACCUAGUGCCCCUGACCACCUGACAUCUCUUCAAACUGGAAGAUGUGGUCCUGGCACUGGUACAUCCCUCCCAGAAGUCCUGGCCUUGGGCACUUUCCUGGCUGCUGGGCCCACUGCAACUCCAGGGAUCGUCUGCACUUCUGCUUUCUCUGGGACUGGCUGCUUCUCCUGAGCUACCUGCUAGCAUGUGGAACCAAGGGGUGUGGGGCAGAGGGUCAGUAGCAUGUCCCUGGGCAGGCCCUGGGCUUCCAAAUGUCUCCCCUAUUUUUUUUUGCUGACUUUGACCAGUUCCAGCCUGGGCUGGCUUCGUCUAACACCUCAGUUACUACAUGCCAACCCAUCUUGCCUGCUGCCCCAGUUCUGGUCAAGGGUGUUGGGGGCUGGCCCCCCACCAAGCCAUUUGGGGCAGCUCCAGCCUCAGGGGUCUAACAAUAGUUGCCCUGCUUCCCAGGCUUGACAGCAAGAGUAGGGGUCUCACCAAGCUGAUGACCUGAUUAGGGCAGUGUGAGUCCUGCAAGGACCAGCCUGCACAUACUGUGGGGUUCUGAGCAAUUAAACUUUUCUAAGCUGGCCACGUCUCAUGCUGCUCUGAUCUCUGGGAAGCUGGAAAGAAGGGGAUAGGAAUAUGAGUGACAGUGGUUAGGCCCUGGGUUCCUCUUUGUCCCUACCUCACUUGGCUCCUAAUAUCUCUAGUGCUGCAAGCUGCCCAGCAGAACUCUAGAUGGUCAGAUACUGUAUUGAGCAGGAAAGACAAGGCCUUUUAUAAAAGGAGCUUCAGCUUAUAU